GAAUUCCCUGCCUCAUGCACCUCUAGUGCUGUGAAGAUGUCUAAUUACAAUUCGACGCUACAGUCUAAGAAAACUUAUCUUCCUUUGUUGCUUAAAGGACUCGGACUAGUUGUCCUGAUGGCAACAGCUGAGCUAAUGAGUAAAGAUAUUUUAAGAAGAACAAGCCCCAAACCUCAAACUUGCAGAAUGGAGUAUCUUAUCUGUUAGUGACGUACCUUAUCUUCUGUUUUAUUUUCAGUUGCUCUUCUACAGCGGGUAGCAGAAUUGGAAAAGGUCAAUGCAGAAUUUCUGCGCACAAAGCAGCAACUUGAGCAAGAAUUUAAUCAAAAGAGAGCAAAAUUUAAGGAGUUAUACUUGGCUAAGGAAGAGGACCUGAAAAGACAAAAUGCAGUGCUGCAAGCAGCCCAAGAUGAUCUGGGACAAUUGCGGACCCAGCUGAUGGAAGCUCAUGCUGAAAUGGAGAACAUCAAAGCUAUAGCUACAGUAUCUGAGAAUACAAAGCAGGAAGCUAUCGAUGAGGUGAAGAGACAGUGGCAAGAAGAAGUAGCUUCGCUACAAGCUAUUAUGAAAGAGACUGUUCGUGACUAUGAGCUCCAGUAUCAUCACAGGUUGGAGCAAGAGCGAGCUCAGUGGAAUCAGUAUCGAGAAAACGUGGAACGGGAAAUAGCAGAGUUAAGAAGGCGACUGUCUGAAGGUCAAGAGGAGGAAAACCUAGAAAAUGAAAUGAAAAAGGCCCAGGAAGAUGCUGAGAAGCUGCGUUCCGUUGUGAUGCCUAUGGAGAAAGAGAUUGCAACGCUUAAGGAGAAACUGACAGGAGCUGAAGAAAAAAUAAAAGAGUUAGAAGCAUCAAAGGUUAAAGAACUGAACCAUUAUCUGGAAGCCGAGAAGUCAUGUAGGACAGACUUAGAGAUGUAUGUGGCUGUUCUCAACACGCAAAAGUCAGUCCUGCAAGAAGAUGCAGAGAAGUUGCGAAAAGAACUGCAUGAAGUCUGCCAUCUCUUAGAGCAAGAGCGACAACAGCACAACCAGUUGAAACACACAUGGCAAAAAGCCAAUGACCAGUUCUUGGAGUCUCAACGUUUGCUGAUGAGGGACAUGCAACGUAUGGAAAUUGUUCUGACCUCUGAGCAGCUCCGACAAGUUGAAGAACUGAAAAAAAAGGAUCAGGAGGAAGAUGAUCAGCAAAGGCUUAGCAAGAGAAAGGAGCAGAAGCAAAAAGAUUCAGAUGAUGAAACAAAAGCUUCCUGUUCUCUAGCCCAUGAGGAAACCCUCACCCAGCUCUCUAAUGAAGAGGUGCUUGUAAAUAGCACCCAUGGCUCAGUCCAUUCCUUGGAUGCAGACUUGCUUCUUUCUUCUGGCGAAUCUUUCAAUAAAUCAGAUAAUGAUAUGUUUAAAGAUGGACUACGGCGAGCACAGUCAACAGACAGUCUGGGGACAUCUGGAUCUUUACAGUCCAAAGCUUUAGGAUACAACAACAAAGCAAAAUCUGCUGGGAACCUGGAUGAGUCGGAUUUUGGACCACUUGUUGGAGCAGACUCAGCAUCUGAGAACUUUGAUACAGCUUCCCUUGGGUCUCUGCAAAUGCCAAGUGGGUUCAUGUUAACCAAAGAUCAGGAAAAAGCGAUCAAAGCAAUGACACCAGAGCAAGAAGAGACUGCUUCACUUCUUUCCAGUGUUACACAAGGGGUAGAAAGUGCUUAUGUGUCUCCUAGUGGUUACCGCUUGGUUAGCGAGACGGAGUGGAACCUACUGCAGAAGGAGGUGCAGAAUGCAGGGAACAAGCUGGGUAGACGCUGUGAUAUGUGCUCGAAUUAUGAGAAGCAGUUGCAAGGUAUCCAGAUUCAGGAGGCUGAGACAAGAGACCAGGUGAAAAAGCUGCAGGUAAUGUUGAGGCAGGCUAAUGACCAGCUGGAAAAGACAAUGAAAGAUAAACAGGAAUUGGAGGAUUACAUGAAACAAAGUGCUGAAGACUCCUCUAAUCAGAUCUCUUUGCUUAUGGCUAAAUGUCAAAAGUCGGAGAACUUCCUCAGCGAACUGCAGCAGGCGUUUUCACAAGCAAAGAGAAGUGUCCAGGAGCAAAUGGCUGUCCUGACACAGUCAAGGGAGCAGGUUUCAGAAGAGUUGGUGAGACUGCAAAAAGAUAAUGAAAGUCUUCAAGGAAAACAUAGCUUGCAUGUCUCUUUACAGCAAGCUGAAGAUUUCAUUCUGCCAGAAGCAGCAGAGGAGCUCCGUGAGCUGAUUUUAAAAUAUCGUGAAGACAUAAUUAGUGUGCGGACAGCAGCAGAUCACCUUGAGGAGAAACUUAAGGCGGAGAUUUUAUUCUUAAAAGAACAGAUUCAAGCUGAACAAUAUUUGAAAGAAAAUAUAGAAGAAACUCUACAGCUGGAAAUAGAGAAUUGCAAAGAGGAAAUAGCUUCCAUUUCCAGUUUAAAAGCUGAACUGGAAAGAAUAAAAGUGGAAAAGGAACAGUUGGAAAGUUCUUCGCAGGAAAACCUGCAGCAGCUGGAGAGUCUGCAGGAAACAAAAAACACUCUAGAAGAACAACUGAAGAAGGAGACUGCAGCAAAGGCAAACCUUGAACAGCUGGUAUUUGAAGAGAAGAAUAAAGCUCAGCGGUUGCAGACUGAAUUAGAUGUCAGUGAGCAAGUGCAGAGAGAUUUUGUAAAGCUUUCUCAGACGCUUCAGGUGCAGCUGGAGCGGAUCCGGCAGGCAGAUUCCCUGGAGAGAAUCCGUGCAAUCCUGAAUGACACAAAACUGACGGACAUUAAUCAGCUUCCUGAAACAUGACACCCUGAUGAGCGGGCUCCAAGGCUGAGUUUGGGGUUUUUAACUCAUCUUUAUAGCAACAUUAAUUAUUAUUUAACUCUAACCGAAAGAGCAGAAGACAACAGAGGGGAGCAAUGACUUAAGUUUUGUUUCUAGAGGGAAAAAGGUUUUGUACUGGGCAGGAAGAAAGCACAAGGGUGACUUGCAGUGUAGGAAGGAGAACUUUCUAAUGGAAACACUAAUGAGUGCGGUGUUUCGUGUUCCACUGAGUGGGAUCGGUCCUUACAUUCUGAAAAACUUCCCCUCUUUCAGCCGACUUCCUAACCUAAUAUAGAGUUUUGGAACAUUUACCCUCUGUCUUUCCCUCUUUCCUUUCCCCCCACUACUGUGAUCAAAGUAGCUGCUGGAAACCAUAUUGUCCCUCCAAAACAUUGAAGAGCAAAGUGGUUGAAGUUUUUCUGUUUGAAUAGUCAGUAACAGUAUUCAGCUAGCAGAGAGAAUGAGGUGUAGAGUAUGCUGUAUGAAUAUUUUAUAUUAAAAUAUGACUUUAUUAGCAGGA